UGGUCGCCGUGCCCGACACUGUUAUCAAAACUGUUUAGGUCCGACGUUUCAGUUCGGUCAAUUUCCAUUUUCUUACCCGUUAACGUUUAGAUAUCUCGUAAAAUGUUACUCGAGGGAAGUCGGUAAAUCUUUCCUCCCGUAGACGUGAAUCGGCGACUGUGCCUCUUAUACAAACGAGCCCGUUUCCGUCUAGAUUUCAAGGGUCGAACUUUACAGGUUAUGGGGAACUUUGUGCCUCUUUUGUACAGUAACAUGACUAAUAUACGGAUUGUAUUCGAUAAUCGGUUCUUCACUUAAGUUGAGGGAUUUCAGUUCCCAUUUUUAACGAUUAGUGGCCAGUGGAGUUUUUAUUUUUCGACCGAAGACACCCAGAUUGGAAAAUCCUUCGGGAAUGGAUCAAGGAUUUUAUCCUACUUGUUCCUCCUUCAAAUACGAGACGGAUCCUCAAAGCGGAGAUGUGAUGGAUAUAAGGGGCAAUGGUGUGGGGGAUGAUGGAGGAGGAACAUCCCCUCAUUUCCAGCAUCUUGGUCAGGAUAUAAAUAAAUCCAUUUUAGCCCUACAUGAACUGCAAAAUGAAGUGGGCGCUCUUCUUGAGUUCCGAGAUGUUGUUAUUGAGACUUUUCCCCAGUUGAAAGGCAAGUUGAGAUCUCAUGGAGGGGUGGGAAAUAGCAGCAACGGAGGAAGCGCUGGAGGCAGUGUAGGCGGCCGUUGGGAGCCGGGAGUUAGGGUCAGAAGGAAAUUGAAAGAAGAACCGCCGAGGUCUAGGUCAAACUCUAGGUCUAAAGGCUGUUCCGUAAUCGCCGUGCAAGACUCAGGCUUCUGCACCGCAGAGUCUUCUGGUUCCAAGAAAACUAUGGAGGAAGAAGAAGUCGACGAACUCUGGUGCCUUCUGGAACUCAUCCAGUCCAAGGGUACGAAGCUGCGCAUGGAAGUCGAAUCCAUGAAAGGUACCUGUUCACCUACGAACCAUAACCGGUCAAGAAGUCUAUCAGAUCUUGAGUCUCCUAGCGACAAAGAAGAAGUCCAAAGGCUGAUACAGGAGAAAGAAUUGCUUCUUGAAAGAAUAACAGAAAUGGAAGCAGAAAAUGCUGCAAGGGCAGAGGAGUAUCAGAGCAUGUCCAGGAGAGUAGCUGAUCUCUUAGAUCAAAAGAAAAGACUGGAGGAGGCUUUAGGCUCUACUGCAACCGGAGUUACUACAACAAAUUACCCCUCAACACCCCCUCAUAGAAACCUGGGAAGACUGGACGGCGUCCUGUCCUCGUCGCCAGGUGAUAUUAUCCCUUGCCCGGCAGGAGUCAUCCCUGACAGGGAGGUCACUGCAGCCAUUCUCAAAGAAAAAAAUGUACUAGAACUUCAAAGGCACUUGAUCACUACCACACAUCAAAACCAGAUUGUUCACAGAAAACUAGAAAAACUUGCUAAGGUAAAAACAGCUCUAACACAGCAAUUAGAAAAGUUUAAAGAAGAAAAUGAAGAUUUAAGGUUUCAAUUGGAGGAAAAGAGCAUAGAACUUGAGGGCACGAGGGCUAGAGUGAGAAUUUUAGAGAAGCAGGCACCUUGCAUGGCCAUAGAUAAUUCGACUACCAACCGCAGCUCUACGUCUGUGGAAUUGUCUGACCACACGACCGCAGAGGACAACUCGAGUACAGAAUCUGCUCAUGGUACACCGUCUAGAAGAAAGCAGAAACCUUCUAGGAUUCCACUCAAGGCUAAAUCAUCACCGUCGGCUCCACCUAAUUCUUUAAAUAAAGCUCGUGCAGCUUCUGCAAACCUGAACGGCAAUCAAAAAACCUCUCCAGUACUGAAGCCAAGGAAGAUUCAGGUUGCUCAAGACACUAACCUUUCACCGCCUCCUAACAACCAAAAUGAGGGAAAAGUCCUUUAUAACAGAUUUGCAGCUAUUGGUAACUGGCUGAAAAUUUCUUCACCGUCUCCAUAGCAACCAAGACAAGAGGUUGCCACUACCCCAGACGCCAAUUUAACAGCAGUAGAGGCUGACUCGCUAGAAAGUUGUGCCGAGGCCCAUAGCGACUCCUUAGAGCCUAAUGACGACAGGAAAGACACCGAGACCGAAGGUGCUGUGGAUGGUGCAACCUCUCGUUUCUUCGAUUCGAUUGAAAUUGUUCAGCAAGGCUUUACAAGCAAUGGCGGCGAGGCACUGGCCGACUCACUCGAACCGGUCGAUCUUGUCUGAUUAGGGGAACUGAGGGUGAUGGAAAGCGACAGCAUUUCACCCUCAUCGCCCUCUUCUCGCUCAACUCUAACGGAACAAGACGACUCGAAAUCUCAGAAUAUUUUCAAAGCUCAUUUUUCCGGAUUCUUCAGAUCACUCUUUUUUCCAAAGUAGAAUUCAAAUGCAAAACAAGUGGUUAAAUUUUCUUUAUUAUUAAGAUUCUUUAUUAUUUCUUUAUUAAAUUACUGACAAUGCAAUGGUUUUGUUGAAAGUUUAGAACAAUUCA